AUGAGAAAGCUUAGAGUAAUCUGCUCCGACCCAGAUGCAACUGAUUGUUCUUCGGACGAAGAACAUGGUGUGAGGGUAGAUAAGAAGCGAAUCAUUCAUCAAAUUGAUCUCGAGGAUGUCGUUCCUUCUGAAGGAACAACGACCCAGAAAAACCCUCCCAAAAAAAAGAAGAGGGCUUCGAUUCAAUCUUCGAAAUCGAAUUCGAAGAGUCCUUACAAGGGGGUUCGGCAGAGGAAAUGGGGGAAAUGGGCUGCUGAGAUUCGAGACCCCAUUAACAAAAUUCGCCUCUGGUUGGGCACUUUCAACACCGCCGAAAAGGCCUAUGAAGUCUAUCUCGCCAAGAAGAUCGAGCUGGACGAGAAAAAAGCUAGGAUUGCUGCGAUUUCCAAGGGACUAAAUGGUGUUGAACUGGUCGUGUCUCCUUCGUCUGUGCUUGCGAAAGAUGGCCCUGUUUCGCCCAAUGAUGGUGGUACAGAGACAAGUGCGGAUGCUGAAAGUGGUGGUCUUGGUUCGCAGAUUAUCGACAAAAAUGGGUUUCUUUUGGGAGAAUUUAGCAGCCUUGAUGAUAUGCGAAUUUCCGAUGCCAACGGGUAA